AGCCAAAUCAAUAUCAACAUUUAACAUAAAGAUCCUGAAAAUACAUAGAUUGUAAAUUCUGUUACACUCGAGUGUAGAGUUGUAGCCUUAAACUGUUUUCCUGAUUUGGAGGUGUUUUAGAGUAGAUGCUUUUGUCGACCUUGUCGUCGUCCUGUAUCCAGUCCAAACAUCACUACAGCGGCUGCCGUUGCAAUUUGCUAAAACUUCAGCCUUUGAUCCUGCGGGGGAAAUUCGACAUGCAGUAGGAGGCGGUAGUGAGCAGCACGUCGCCCUGCCUCAGUUUUCGCCUCGCGAGAUUUGGCGAGUUUGUCCUUGCUGCUCGCAGGCUCUGGAGCAAUGGGCUACUGGGACGUUCCAGAGGGCACAGACUGCGUGCAAAAAACAUGGAUCACAACCAAGCUGGCCACCACUAUGGGCCUGGUGGGCUCAGCCUACCACAUCGUCGCCUUCCAGCCCGAAACUGCGAUGGAAGCUGUGCAGCGGGCCGGAAACGUCACCGUUACCAUGGCCGCGAUGGGCGCCAUCUUUGGGAUGGCGACGUGUCUCAGCGCUCAGGCCCGUGAAGCUCCGGACGAUCCACUCAACUACUUUGUAGGCGGCUGCGCUUCCGGCAUCUUUCUGGGGGCCAGGAGUAAGUAGUCGCCCACAGCGCGGCAACAGGCACAUCGGCGUGUUUGGCUUUGGGAACGCUGGCCUUCUUUGGCAAAGUGUCCAAGACGGAGGGCUGGAGACUGAUGGGACCUCCCAAACUGUGAGCGGUGCAGGAACUUUUGUAAACGCGUCCUCCCAUAAGAGUGCAUUCUAAAGAAAUAAAGUUGUGUUGUGACAAAGUCGGCCUUGGACAUGUCGGCUUGUUUGUUGCCAAAUGAGUCGCCCGCUUUUCUCUCCUCCCACUUUCAACUUUGGGCGUCGACACCCGCUUGAUGAGCAUGUGUGCCGGUGGCACGUGAUGUCUUUGGCACGGUCAAACUCCCAGCAGAUUAUUUAUUAGUUGGAUGUCACGCCAAGUUGAGGCAGACGAGGCGGAGCGGAGCACUGCGACGACAUGUCUGCUGACACGCAAGAAAGCAUCCCAGGCGUCGCCAUGGCAACACCUCCCGGACCGGCGGCCAUGGAGACCGCCGACAUCGUGGUGGUGGUGAUCUACCUGCUCCUUGUCAUGGUCGUCGGAGUCUGGGCGUCCAUGAAGGCCAACAGCAGCACAGUCGGCGGGUACUUCCUCGCUGGCCGAUCCAUGACGUGGUGGCCUAUUGGAGCGUCCCUGAUGUCAAGUAACAUUGGAAGUGGCGCCUUCAUCGGCUUGGCGGGAACAGCAGCGGCUGGCGGCCUCGCUGUGGGCGGCUUCGAGUUGAAUGCAUCGUGGGUCUUAGUGGCUCUGGGCUGGAUCUUCAUCCCGGUGUACGCUGCGGCCGGGGUGGUGACCAUGCCCGAAUACCUGGCCAAGCGCUUCGGAGGAUGCAGGAUCCAGAUGUACAUGUCCAUCCUGUCCCUGGUCCUCUAUAUCUUCACCAAACUUGCUACGGACUUUUUCUCCGGUGCGUUGUUCAUCAAAGUUUCCUUUGGCUGGAAUCUGUACUUGUCCACCGCAAUUCUGCUCCUGCUCUCGUGUGUGUACACCAUGGCAGGAGGUUUGUCAGCGGUCAUCUACACGGACGCCUUCCAGACUGUCGUCAUGGUGGGCGGAGCCUUCACGCUCAUGUUCAUUGCGUUCUCCAAAGUGGGCUGGUACGAGGGUCUGACGGAGGCCUACAUGUCAUCCGUUCCCGCGGCCACGGUGACCAACACCACGUGCCACCUCCCACGUGCCGACGCCUUCCACAUGCUGCGAGACCCCGUGUCCUCCGACCUGCCUUGGCCGGGACUCAUCUUUGGACUCACCAUCAUCGCCACCUGGGUGUGGUGCACCGAUCAGGUGAUUGUUCAGAGAUCUCUGGCUGCGCGUUCGCUGAGUCACGCCAAAGGAGGGAGCGUGUUCGGAGCUUACCUCAAAAUAUUACCAAUGUUCUUCAUUGUCAUGCCAGGCAUGAUCAGUAGAGCGUUCUUCCCAGAUGAGGUGGCUUGCGUGGAUCCGGCCGUGUGUCUGCGUGUGUGCGGAACUCCGGUGGGAUGUUCCAAUAUCGCGUACCCCAAACUGGUGGUGGAGCUCAUGCCAGUGGGUGUGCGUGGCCUGAUGCUCGCCGUGAUUUUUGCCAGCCUGCUGUCAUCGCUGACAUCCAUUUUCAACAGUAGCUCCACUAUUUUCACUUUGGACCUUUACUGGCAGGCCCGACCUGCUGCCUCUGAACUGGAGCUCAUGAUCGUGGGCAGGCAGGUGUCGCUCGAUUGCGCGCUGGUGCCGUGUUUCCGUGUGCCUCAUUGCGCCCGCCGCCCCCGCAGGGUCUUCAUCCUGCUGAUGGUGGUCAUCAGCAUCCUAUGGAUUCCCAUCAUCCAGUCGGCAAACAGCGGCAAACUCUUUGAAUAUGCCCAGUCGGUGGUCAGCUUUCUGGCUCCGCCUAUCACCGCCGUCUUCAUCUUGGCCAUCUUCUGGCCGCGUACCAAUGAGCAAGGCGCCUUCUGGGGCCUGAUGGUGGGCCUGGUGGUAGGUCUGAUCCGGAUGGUUCUGGAGUUCUACCACGAGGUUCCUGUGUGCGGCCAGCCGGACCCGCGUCCAUCCCUGCUGACUAGGGUGCACUACCUCUACUUCGCCAUCUUCCUGAUGGUGCUCAGCGGCCUGGUGAUGAUCGUCGUCAGCUUGGCCACGCCCGCCAUACCCGCCGAGCACUUGCACAGAUUGACCUGGUGGUCGAGACACAGUACGUCGCCUCGCGUGGAUCUGAACGCCGAGCCGACAACCCGCGAGCGACCCGACCCGGACCUCGCUGACGCCCCAGAGCUCCCGCCGGCCCCCUUGUGGCGGCGGACGGUCUUACGUCUGUGCGGCAUGAGCAGUGCCACUCGCGCCGUUCCCGUUGCCUGCGGCUCAAAGCUCAACUCUCUGAAGGAGGCGCCGCUGUGGAGGAACGUUUGUAACGUGAACGCACUGCUGCUGCUCACCGUCAACGUCUUCCUGUGGGGCUACUACGCGUGAACGCCCGCUGUAGCUUCGCCUGACUGACCUGCUUUUCUCCAACCUGAGACUUUCUUUCCCCAACAUGGAAGUCGGAUGACCACUGUAUGAAAGCAGCAUGACCACGGCAUCAAACUUGCACGUGACAUGCUAUGUACGAAAUGAAACGGACACAAGAAGAAGAAAUGUUAAUUGCACGAGCACAACAUGAAACUCGCUGGGCCAAAACACAAAACCCUCGUGCUUGCAAGUAACAAGUGGGCGAUGAGCACACAACACGGAGAAACGCUAUCGACCCGUUUUGCCGCCGCGGCACUCACCGUCAACAUGUGCCAACGAUGGCGGUGCCUCCUGGAGCUUCCUGUACGACGCCCAUCUGACUCUUUCUCUCAGCGAGCCCGUAACAGCGCUGUCUGCUGGCCAAAUA